AUGGAGCGGUCACCUCAAGAUAAAUUGAACGAUUUAACCGUUGUAAAUUUGAAGGAUAUCGCGCGGCAGGUCGGAGUGUCUGCGAGCGGUGCGAAGGUCGAAUUGGUGGCGCGAAUAUUGGCUGUCGGUGAAGACGGGUGGCGAAGUGCAUAUGAGCAUCUUGUGGGCGGUGAUGUGCAGGGUUGGUCGGGCGCGAAUGCGGAUGUGUCGGAGCAGCAAUCGAGUUCUGGUGGUGGAGCAUCGUUGCGUUCCGGGGGGGUCAUGGCGACCCCGCGCGGCCCUGCGUUGCCACCGGAAUUGAUGGAGAGAGAAAUAGAUAUAUUGAAGCGCGAGAAAGCUCUCUUGGAGCGAGAAUUGAGUCUCGUCCGUCGGGAGGCGAGCAUGACGCCGAGUAUUGAAGACAACGCUAGCGACCGCAGUAUCGAUUCAAGAGUCAACAUCCGGAUCAUUAGUGAUUUAUUAAGUGAGUUUCGCGGCGACUGCGACAGUUUUGAGACAUGGAAGAAACAAGUUGAACUUUUGCGUGUAACAUAUCGAUUAGACGAGAAUUCGACCAGAAUAUUGAUCAAUUUGAGAUUGAAGAACAAAGCUUUGAGCUGGUUUCAUUCGAAAUCAGAGCAUUUGCAAUUAAGUGCUGCAGACUUGCUAUCGGAGAUGUCUCGCAUGUUUGAUAGUCGCCCCAGUAGGCUGACAUUGAGGCGUGAUUUUGAGAAGCGAAAAUGGCGAAGCGACGAAACAUUUACGGAGUAUUAUCACGAGAAAGUGGUUCUCGCGAACAGAGUAUCCGUCGACGAGGAGGAGCUUGUUGACUGCUUGAUCGACGGGGUGCAGGAUACACGUAUGCGGAAUCAGGCGCGGAUGCUGCGCUUUACGUCGGCAGUAGACGUAUUAGAUGCGUUCAGGAAGCUGUCGUUAGAUGGGGGAGCCGGAGGCGGGGGGGAGCGAGCUGCGAAGGGGCAGCGACCAAUGCCGAAAUCCGGUGGAGGAGGAAUAUCUACGACGGGGGGCGGUACCAUCCGCUGCUAUAAUUGUGGAGCGACUGGACAUUUCUCCAGAGACUGCAAGGAGGAACGGAAGCGGGCGAGGGGCUCGUGCUUUGGAUGCGGCAGUCUGGAACAUCGCGUGAAGGAGUGUCCGAAGUCGCAGCCGGGAGUGGAGAACACGACGAGCGUGGUCCAGCCGGUCUCACCGAGCACCCCAUACCUGGUAACCCUCGCGUAUCAGGUCGCGGAUGCGUCCGGUAGCAGAUGUAAAUAUUCGUUGAUGGCGAUGAUUGAUUCGGGGUCUCCUAUUAGUUUAAUUAAAAGUGAUUUUGUACCGGCUCAUAUUCGCAUGCCGAUUGAUAAACAACAAUCUUUUUUCGGUAUUAAUGGAACUAAGUUGGAAAUGUUGGGGACCUUCGAGGAUGUUGUCGAGAUCAGCGAUAUUGAAUUAAAAAUAAAGUUUUUUGUUGUUCCGAAUACGGCCAUAACGUGUGCUGCUUUGCUUGGUCGAGACUUCACAUCGUCGCCGUUAAUUGAAAUAACAUUAGGGGAAAAAUUUAGUGUUUUGAGGGCAAAUUCACAAACGGUGGAUGGCUCGGAUUUUGCGAAGCAGAUUCUCCACAUGUCAUAUGUUGACCGUCCAUUGUCUAUUGCCGAAGCGAUAAAUAUUAACCCGCAGAUUGAUUUUAAAAUAAAAGAACGCGUCGAGAAAUUGUAUAAUAAUGAAAAUAUUAUCAACACAGGAAUUACGGGCCCCCAAAAAGAAAUUGAAAUGAAUAUAAAUUUGACGCAUGGUCGGCCUAUUAGUUUGAGACCGCGAAGACUCUCGUUUGCCGAUAAAGAAAAAUUAAAACAAAUACUGGAUAAAUUGUUACAAGAAAAAAUAAUAAGAUCAAGCAAUUCUCCAUACGCUUUUCCGAUUGUACUCGUUCGUAAGAAAGACGGUGAAUCGCGAUUAUGUGUCGACUAUCGCGAACUUAAUAAGAUAACAGUGAAAGAUAAUUUUCCGACACCUUUGAUCGAUGAUCACUUAGAUAGAUUGCGCGGAAAAUCCUACUUUUCUAGCCUCGAUUUGAGAAACGGAUUCCACCAUGUUAAGGUUGCCGACGAGUCGAUAAAAUAUACGUCUUUUGUGACCCCCUUGGAGAAUAAAAUAUUGGUAUAUCUUGACGAUAUAUUAAUUGCAACUGAGAACGUUGACGAACAUUUGGAAAUUCUUCGUGAAGUUUUUGAUUUGGCUCGACAACAUGGGUUGCAAUUUCGCUUAGACAAGUGUUCGUUUUUAUAUCGCGAGAUUGUCUAUCUUGGUUAUUCGAUUGACAAGAGCGGCAUUCGACCCAGCGCUAUGAAUGUGGAGUCUGUUGUCGAUUUUCCGGCACCGCGUAACGCAAAGGAAGUUCACCGUUUUGUGGGUCUCGCGAGUUAUUUCCGGAGAUUUGUAAAAAAUUUUUCGAUCAUUGCGAAACCGCUCUAUGAUCUAAUAAAAAAGAAUGUAGCUUUUAAAUUUGGACCGGAAGAAAAUCGUGUAUUUGAAUUGUUAAAAAAUUUGUUGUCGUCGCAGCCGAUUCUUGCCAUUUAUUCGCCGAAAUUAGUAACAGAACUGCAUUGCGACGCCAGUGCUAGCGGAUUUG